AUGUUUCAGCGCUACCUUUCCUCAACGAAAAGCGUUUCGCAAAAACAAUCCCAAGACCACGUGGUACCAACCGUCGACAUCUCUCCUUUUCUGAAAGAUUCCUCGUCAACUGCUGCGACUGAAGUCGUGGAAACAAUCCGGAAAGCAUGCCUAAGCACGGGAUUCUUCCAAAUCACCGGCCACGGAAUCAGCAAAGAAGUCCAGGACGCCGCAUUUGCUGCUUCAGCCAAAUUCUUUUCUCUACCCGUUGAGGAAAAGCUAAAGGUGCACUUUGGCAAACACCCCGGCCACAGAGGCUACGACCCGAUCGGGUCACAGAAAUACGAUGAUUCACUGCCGGACCUGAAAGAGAGUUACUUCACUGGCCCAGAAGUUCCGCUUGACCACCCCGCGGUGCAGGCCAAAAGGUUCAACAUGGGCCCAAAUGUUUGGCCGUCUACUUCCGUGCUGCCCAAAGAGUCAUUCCAAGAUCCGGUGGAAACCUACUUCCGUGAUGUGUACGGUCUAUCUUUGGCCAUACUGGACAUCAUUGCCCAGAGCCUUCCAUACGGUCCUCGAAUCUUCGACGAGUUCAAAUCCGGCAUACCAGCCGCGCCCAUGCGUCUGCUACACUAUCCGCCGCAGGAAGCUCUUGACAAGAGACAGUUGGGGGCCAGUGCGCAUACCGACUUCGGUGCAAUUACGCUUCUGCUCCAAGACAUGAACGGUGGCCUUCAGGUACAAGACCAGGCUACGAAAGAGUGGAUCGGCGUGCCUCCAGUGGAAGGAGCCUUUGUGGUCAAUGUUGGGGACAUGCUCUCCAUGUGGACGAAGGGCGUAUACAAGAGCAGCUGGCACCGAGUCAUCAAUCGGAACUCCAGAGAUCGCUACUCGAUUGUGCUGUUCUUUGAUGGAAAUAUCGACUGUUCUCUGGCGCCGUUGGAUGGGAGCGAGAGCACCGGAUCUCCAACUGUGGAGGAGCACAUGAUCAAGCGGAUCACGGAUUCGUAUGGAAAAGCCUAG